GACGUAUUUCCAAAUCUGCGAAUUUCGCCACAAAUUUUUUUGACAAUAGCAGUUUCAAUUGCAAGCUGUGAGCGAUCAUCCAGCAAAUUGAAACUUAUUUUAUCGUGUCUGCGUGCAUCAAUGGGACAAGAUUGUCUCAGUGAUCUUGCUCUUCUCAGCGCUGAAAGAGAAACAUUGGAAAUGACAGAUUUGAAUAAAAUAAUUGAUCAGUUUGCGACAAUAAAAUCUAGAAAAAUAAAUCUAUUGUAA